AAAACGCUUUAUUAAACGCUGUAUGAAAUACUCGAUUUUAGGACUUCUAGGAAAAUGCCUGUAACUUUUUGAUGCAAGGUCAUACAGAGUUGUGCGAGGUCUUAUUUUGAUCAGAAACAUUUGCUCUGCAAAGCUGUGUUUUCAAAAAAAUUUUAAUUGCAUAAGUAUCCAGGAAAAAACCAUUAUUUAAAGACCCAUUUUUUCGAGGCUCUUGGAAAACUUGCUCAAAAUCCCCGAGAAAUCAGUUUGUAACCAAAAGCAAUACAGAUUCUGGAAGUAGACACUUCAGGCUAUCUUUCCAUGUGUGUAUCUCAAAACCGAUUUUUUGACCGAAGAUCACCAUUUCUGAGGGGGGGGGGGCCCUUAAGCCAAUCAAAAGAAUAAAUAAUAAAAAUAGAUAUUUGACUCAGAACAUGGAUGAUUAAUCAAUCUAAUACUGAAUUCGAGGUACUCGAUAGUGUUCUUUUCUUUUGCCCAACAAAACUAAAUUGCUGACUUCAAAUAUCUUCCAUCUCUGAUUUCAGGUAAAAAUGAAUGGAAGUUUCCAAUUCAUACUUAAAAUUCUAUGUGUGCCAUCACUCUGCGUUCACUUCAUCCACAAUGCUUAAAGCAAUUAGCUGAUCUCACUGUCUCUCUCAAAGUAAUUUUGAAUAAAUAAAUUGAUUGAUUGCGUUUAGGUAAAGCAACAAAAUCAUAUCGUCUUACUUCUGACCAAUAUCUCUCAUCUGGAUCAGCAAUUGUACGUGAAGAUCAUUAUAUCGUUGGUGAAACAUCAAUUCCAAAUUUAGCCGCAAAUGCUACGUAUGAAUUUCAGUUAGGUGAAGAUGCUGAUAUUCAUUAUUUUCAUUCACAUAAAGAAAAAUCAAUUGUAACUGAGAUUGAUACAAUACAAACAAAUUUAACAUUAACACGUACAACAUUUGAAAUUCGUUUAAAGUUGAAAAAUUACAAGAAACGUCCAAUUAAUAUUGAAUAUAAACAAACAUUUAAUUAUCAACCACAUCAAUUUAAAUUUACUUCUGACGGAGGAGCAACAGUAAACGAUGCAUUUUUCUUAGAUAUUAAUGAUAAACAGCGAGUUGUAGCUAAAUUGCAUUUAAACAGUGAAGAAGAACGAGUAUAUACAUAUGCAAUUCAAACAAAUUUCAAAGCGAAACAAACUGCAGCUACAAUUCGUGAUUGGGGACUUGCAGAUAAAUUUAAAGACUGGGUUGACGUACAAGAACAAGGAAUCAGCAAUGAUUAUGCACGAUAUGUUGGCAAUGCAACGCACAAUUAUUUAUCUGUAGCAUUGGCAGGCUCAAACAAUGAACAUACUACUCCAGAUGAAUACAGAGAAAGUUAUGGAAGUGUUACGAAGAAUGAUUAA